AUGAGGACGCCCAAUGCCGUGCCCGGGGACGGGGCCGAGGACGGGGACAGCGGGAGCGAGGGCCGGAGCGGGAGCGAGGACACGAACGUCUGUGAGAAGUGCUGUGCGGAGUUCUUCAAGUGGACGGACUUCCUGGAGCACAAGAGGGGCUGCACCAAGAACCCGCUGGUGCUGAUCGUGAACGAGGAUGAGCCGGCCCCGCCCUCCGAAGACUUUCCGGAGCCUUCCCCGGCCAGCUCCCCCAGUGACCGGGCGGAGAGCGAGGCCACGGAGGAGCCACCCCCCGCGGACGGCGGCGAGGGCGGUGAGGUGAGGGCCCCCGAGAAGGAGGAGGAGCCCAUGGAGGCCGAGCCCUCGGGGGACAAGAGCUUCGCGACCCCGGGCCCCUCGCUCGCGGGGAAGUCGCCUCUACCUCAGAUCCCCGAGCCGGCCCCGGUGGCCGCGUACAGCAUGCCAAACACCAACGUGACGCUGGAGACGCUCCUGAGCACCAAGGUGGCCGUGGCGCAGUUCUCCCAGAACGCGAGGGCCGCAGGCGCCGCCGCCCCGGCCCCCAGCGGCAGCGCACAGCCGCAGAACGCCUCCACACCCCCGGCGCUGGGCCCGGGGCCCCUCCUCAGCGCAGCCCCCAGCCUGCCAAACCCACUUCUACCUCAGACCUCCGCCAGCAGCGUCAUCUUCCCCAACCCGCUGGUGAGCAUCGCGGCCACCGCCAAUGCGCUGGACCCCCUGUCCGCCCUCAUGAAGCACCGCAAGGGCAAGCCCCCCAACGUGUCGGUGUUCGAGCCCAAGGCCAGCGCCGAGGACCCGUUCUUCAAGCACAAGUGCAGGUUCUGUGCCAAGGUGUUCGGCAGCGACAGCGCCCUGCAGAUCCACCUGCGCUCACACACGGGCGAGCGGCCCUUCAAGUGCAACGUGUGCGGCAACCGCUUCUCCACCAAGGGCAACCUGAAGGUGCACUUCCAGAGGCACAAGGAGAAGUACCCGCAUAUCCAGAUGAACCCCUACCCCGUGCCCGAGUACCUGGACAACGUGCCCACCUGCUCCGGGAUUCCCUACGGGAUGUCGCUGCCGCCGGAGAAGCCGGUGACCACCUGGCUGGACAGCAAGCCCGUGUUGCCCACAGUGCCCACGUCAGUUGGGCUGCAGCUCCCUCCCACCCUGCCCGGCGUCAGCAGCUACGCGGACUCCCCCAGCCUCACCCCUGCGAGCCGCUCCCCGCAGCGGCCCUCGCCCGCGUCCAGCGAGUGCACCUCUUUGUCCCCUGGCCUCAACAGCUCCGAGUCGGGUGUCCCGGGGACCGCCGAGUCCCCGCAGCCGGUGCUCAGCGGGUCCUCUCUGACCAAAACGGAGCCCGUGAGCCUGCCUUGCGCCAACAGCAGGGCAGGGGACGCCCCCACCAGCGGGCAGGUCUCUGCCACGUCCGCAGCGGCCACCGCCCUGACGGACAACAGCGUCUCCACAGGCCUUUGCAGCCCGGUGCUCCCAGCCGGCUCUGACCAGUUCAAAGCCAAGUUUCCCUUCGGGGGGCUGCUCGACUCCAUGCAGACGUCCGAAACCUCAAAGCUGCAGCAGCUGGUGGAGAACAUCGACAAGAAGAUGACGGACCCCAACCAGUGCGUCAUCUGCCACCGAGUGCUCAGCUGCCAGAGCGCCCUGAAGAUGCACUACCGGACGCACACGGGCGAGAGGCCCUUCAAGUGCAAGAUCUGCGGCCGCGCCUUCACCACCAAGGGCAACCUGAAGACGCACUUCGGGGUGCAUCGGGCCAAGCCGCCGCUGCGCGUGCAGCACUCCUGCCCCAUCUGCCAGAAGAAGUUCACCAACGCCGUGGUCCUGCAGCAGCACAUCCGCAUGCACAUGGGCGGCCAGAUCCCCAACACGCCGCUGCCCGAGGGCCUCCAGGACGCCAUGGACGCCGAGCUGCCCUUCGAGGACAAGGCUGCCGAGGCCCUGAGCGGCUGUGAUGACGACGCGGACGAGAACUCCAUGGAGGACGACGCGGAGCCCCGGCCGCGGCUGCCCUUCGCCGGCUCCUGCCCGCCCUCGCCCCCCUCCGUCAUCUCCAGCAUCGCCGCCCUGGAGAACCAGAUGAAGAUGAUGGACUCGGUCAUGGGCUGCCCGCCGCUGGCCGCCCUGAAGUGCGUGGAGAACGGGUCCGGGGACAGCGACCGCCUGAGCAACGACUCCUCCUCGGCCGUGGGCGACCUGGAGAGCCGCAGCGCGGGCAGCCCGGCCCUGUCGGAGUCCUCCUCCUCCACGCGCGCCCUGUCGCCCAUCAACAGCAACAGCGAGAGCUUGCACUCCAAGUCCCCGGGCCUCAGCGCCCCGGAGGAGCCGCAGGAGACGCCGCUGAAGACGGAGAGGCCGGACAGCCCCCCCGCCGCCCCGGAGAACGGAGGCGCCCUGGACCUCACGGCGGCCCCGCCCGGCCGGCCGGCCGUCAAGGAGGAGGCCCCCUUCAGCCUGCUGUUCCUGAGCAGAGACCGGGGUCCCGGCCAGACCACCGCUAGCCUGGUCGCCGGCUCCGCGCCCGCCGCCAUCAAAAUGGAAGUGAACGGGCACAGCAGGGCCGUGGCGCUGGGCGAGGGCCCGCCGCUGCCCGCCGCCGUGCAGGUGCCCCCGGGGCCCCAGGCUGUGCUGGGCCCUGGCCUCGCGCCCAUGCUGGCUCCCCCGCCGCGCCGGGCACCCAAGCAGCACAACUGCCAGUCGUGCGGGAAGACCUUCUCGUCGGCCAGCGCCCUGCAGAUCCAUGAGCGCACGCACACCGGGGAGAAGCCCUUCGGCUGCACCAUCUGCGGGAGGGCCUUCACCACCAAGGGCAACCUCAAGGUGCACAUGGGCACGCACAUGUGGAACAAUGCCCCCGCGAGGCGCGGCCGCCGCCUGUCAGUGGAGAACCCCAUGGCCCUGCUAGGUGGCGACGCCCUCAAGUUCUCAGAGAUGUUCCAGAAGGAUCUGGCCGCGCGCGCCAUGAACGUUGACCCCAGCUUCUGGAACCAGUAUGCCGCGGCCAUCACAAACGGCCUCGCCAUGAAGAACAACGAGAUCUCUGUCAUCCAGAACGGCGGCAUCCCCCAGCUGCCAGUGAGUCUGGGCGGGAGCGCCAUGCCGCCCCUGGGCCCCCUGGCCCCGGGCAUGGACAAGGCGCGCACCGGCGGCAGCCCGCCCGUUAUGGGUUUGGACAAAGCCAGCUCUGAAACGGGAGCCAGCCGCCCGUUCACCAGGUUUAUCGAGGACAACAAGGAGAUCGGGAUUAACUAGCCGCGCGGCCCGCCCCUGUCCAGGGCUCGCCGCGCGGGCACCCGUCAGGCUGCGCAGCCGGGCGUCCGCCUUCUCCUUCGAGCCGGACCCGCAGCGGAAAGUGCGUUCGGGGUGUGGCUGCCGCAAGGGCGUCUCUCCGCGGGGAGCGGGCGCGCCCGCGGACUCGCGAACCGUUAAACGAGGUUGGGUCCAGAAGAGAAGUCCUUGUAAAACUGCCUCGGGAGCAGAAAGGGCUCAGACCACGUCCAGUUCGUUCCUCCCCAAACCCAGCCCCCCCCAGAGGAGAGGGGGCCGUCUGUGCUGAUCAGCGGCACUCACUCGGAGGUUUUGUUCGAAUUAGCUAGAAACUUGGACUCUGUUUUUAGACUGUUAACUGAAAGAUGUGUCUCCCGGCAGUACCUUCGUCUGUAGUAUUUAUAACGUUCAGAUUACGCGGGUAACAGAUAACACAGCCCCGACUUGAAAGGAAGCUUUUGUACUGCAGAACACAUCUGGCUAUGUGAUUUUUUUUUUUAAGCAGAAUUUGUCUUACUAUAAAUAAGUGAGUCAUUUCAAUGCAGGCAAAUUGUGACGUUACACUGGGAAAGACAGCAUGCUUCCGUGUGCGACUACCUGUCAGUGACAAGCCUUGGUUUCUUUGCCCUUUUUCUCUUUAAUUUAAAUGUUUGUAGCUGCUAUGUGGACAGUUGUGCCCCAGCGCGGUCUGUAGCCCAGCAGUUGGGGACAAGUUACAGACAGACGUCACCGUAAAUUAUUCCCAACAUUAUAAACGGUUGUGAGGAAAUAUUUCACGUUCUGAAAGCUGUACAAUAAAAAGGUAAUGUUUGUAUAA